UUUCUUCUCAUUUCCAAGCUUUUUCAGAGACCGCAAUCAUUGCAAUCGCGAUGCGUGAACGAGAAUUAUCCUGAGCGCUCGUCUAAACAGUGAAAUGACAAUGAAAGGUGCCAGCACAUUUCAUCUUCGCAAGUACGGGUUAAUUGUGACCACGGAUGGUGACAACACGACAACGUUCCUCUGAUUGUGCGAGUUUGUUGUGCACAAAUCAAUAAAUUUUUGAUUGAAAAAUGAACUGCAUGACAUGAGCUUUACUCAGGCAGCUAAGAACGGUUCUUGAUGAUGAUGGGUGAAAAUGGUGAAGAGGAAGAAGGAUCAGAAGGAUCAUAAGAAGAAUGAUGCCAAUAAAACCAAGCUUCGACCACCAAACUUCCCCACCACCCAAGCAUCACAGCUGCAAUCGAGAACAUCAAGAUCCACAUUAGGUCUUCUACAUCAAAAAGUAUUUGACCCAACACAGUCUCCUGUUUUUGGCUUUGGAUUCUUCCCUUUCGCCUACUUACCUGUAAUCUUAAAAUCUCCCGUAAAAAUGUCAAUUGACUCCGCAAAAGUCUUGGAAAGAGAGCCAUUGGUAGAGUUAUUUCCUUUCCAUACACUCCGAACGCCUUGAACAAUAUGAUGUACUGACUUCAUAGCAGGACCCUGCGAAUGCGAAAUGGACAAAACUUAUCUUGUAUGUUUCGAUAAGCCAAAUCUAAGCUGCCAGAACCAUUGCAGCUGACACCUUUGCGAUCCUUCAGAUCAACAUACCGCGAUCCUCGAGGAAAAGUCCGCUAUUGGGAGCAUGCGGAACGCGCCACUAGACCAAAGUCAUCCGAGGUGGAUGGUGUAGGGAUUGUUGCUAUAAUACAGAAAGAGACUGGUAUGCAAACGCCUUGGAAGAAAGGUAUACUUGGUCCAAGGACCAGUGCUAAUACAUGUGGAACUCAGGCCCAGAAUUAGUAUUACAGAAGCAAUACCGGCCACCGCUAGAUAAAGUAGUGAUUGAAGUACCAGCCGGGCUUGUCGAUGAUGGUGAAACUGCAGAGGAAGCUGCGAUAAGGGAAUUGAAAGAAGAGACUGGUUAUAUUGGAGUCUUGAGCGAGAGUUCACCCAUAAUGUUUAAUGGUACACCUCGUCCCCUUUUGCUUCCACUGACGUACUUUCCACUAAUUGAUCGGAUUACAGAUCCAGGCUUUUGCAAUACCAAUUUAAAAAUGGUUCAUGUCACAAUCGAUAUGGCCGAUCAAAAGAACCAAAAUCCAGUCCCUGAGCUCGAAGAAAAUGAAUUCAUAGAAGUCUUCACAUUACCACUGAAAGAUUUAUGGAAAGCAUGUAAGAAUUGGGAGAAAGAAGGAUAUGCGAUAGAUGCUAGAGUGGGAACUUUAGCUGAAGGCAUUGAAGUUGCUAGAACGUUAAAUUUAUAUUCAAAAUGAGUUAGAGCACGAUGUUAAAAUAGACAGAUGAUAAUAAUGAUAAUACACUAUACGAUGUAUGUUAGUAUAAAAACGCAGAAUAAGAAUGCAA